AUGAUGAUGAUGAUUCGAGAAGAAGGUCCAUCCACACCAUCCGAGAAGCGGGUUUCGUUCUCUCAAGACGUCCUCUUGUAUGUAGACAACAAGUAUAGCUUGAAACAAAGGCGCGACAUGUUUUACACAGCAAAAGAGUUGAAAACCUUUGGCAACGAAGUCUACACUCAAAUCCAGCUGGCCAGAGCCAUUGGAGACCGAGUCGUCAAAAACUUGAACCGAGAUUGCUGUUACCGUGGCCUCGAACUAGUCUCAGAUGAAGCCUCUUCUUUGGGCAAAAAAAGACGGAAGCACAUGGGCGAACUUGCUGUCUUUAUGGAGCAAGAUCGCCAAUUCCUAGAAGACAGAAACGUUUGCCCCAUCGAUUUUGAUGCCAUGGCGCACCGAUAUGGGAACAUUACCAAGGAGUCCAAGCAAUUGGCUCGGGAACGGGGCAUUCUAUACCAGGAAAUGGAAACGCAACAGGUUUCUUCCAGUGUUCUCGCUGCACCAUCCUCCUCCACUUCCUCCAAGACUACAAAGUCCUCCAAGACGUCUGUUCCUCGAAAGCCAAUCAGCGGUUGCCCGGUGGCUCCAAGGAGUCGGCACGCUGUUGGACCAUCGGCUGCCUAA